CAUGUGAGACAUGUUACGCUGAACGGACCGACCCCUUUUACAUGUGACUGAAGUCGCACAGGGAGCCGCAGGAAGCGUCUGAGAGCUGCACGGAAAGAACAAUGGGAGUUCAAGUGGAUACCAUAAGACCAGGAGACGGAGCGACUUUUCCGCAAAGAGGGAGGACUGUUACCGUGCACUACGUUGGCACGCUGACAAAUGGGAAAAAGUUCGACUCCUCCAGGGACCGGGGCGAGCCCUUCCAGUUCAAACUUGGAGCGGGCGAAGUAAUUCGUGGUUGGGAUGAAGGUGUAGCUCAGAUGAGCCUUGGCCAGGUGGCCAGGUUGACCUGCACGCCGGACUUUGCAUACGGCAGCAGAGGAUACCCACCCAUCAUCCCAGCAAAUGCCACUCUCGUCUUUGAAGUGGAGCUUCUUAAAUGUUGAGUGUUUAAGGCGAAGGUUGCCCUCCUGAUUUUUUUCAUUCCACCCACAUCUUUGACACAAAUAACUGUUUAAUUAAAGGUGCUGUCAUUUAUACACAAGGACAAAUCAUUAUAGAAAUAAUUUUGAUAUCCUGAUAUAGUUGAGACAAAUGAGACCAUGCUAAUGCCAGUGGUAUUCUUGGUGCUAAGAUGACAGUCUUAAUCAAUCUUAAAGGAAUAACGUGACAUUAUGGGGAAAAUACUUAUUUGAUAUAUAUAUUUUUUGGUAGAGAGUAAUGUGAGAAUUAAUGGUUUCAGAUCAGCCUACCAAUACCUCUAAAGCUCGGUCAUUGAUACAUAAUAUUUUGUUUGCUUAAUCCAUCCAAAAAAGUGUCAUAAUGACGUGGUUUUAAAGGGGUGGGGGGGUGGUGUCUUGGGCAGUUUCUUGAGUGGGUGCAGUAACAGACUGGCUAGCUGUUUACUGUCUUUGUGCUACAGUUACAGCUACAAGUUCUGCUAAUCAGCUGCUGUCUGUAGCUUCAUGUUUACCAGGCAGACAUGGGUGGUAUCAGUCCUAUCCAGCUCUUAGCAAGAUAUUGUCCCCAAAAUGUCAAAUUAUCCCUAUAAAAUAAAUAAAUAAAAAUCCAACGUGUUGUUUAGUAAACUUCCAGGUUUAUUUGGCCUUUAUUCUUAUUUUUUCCUUUUGAAUAUUUGACACAUCCUUUAGUUAUAAAAUAGCACGAAAGAUACACAAAGGAAUAAGAGCAAAAAACAAUGGAACUUUAGAAAGAGUGAACCAGUGGCACUAAAUACAUGUUGGAGGAUGCCAGCCUUUUCAGUAUAUAUUGCAUUUUAUCAAAAAGUCACAUUUAACACCUUUUAAUAAACAGCUUAUUUGUUGUUUUUUCCCCCCAGCAUGAAUUUAUCCCUUAAAUUGUUCCAUUGAGUUGGCAGCUUAAACCUUUGACUCAGUGUAAAGAGACUUUGUAUUUGAUUUCUUUUCCAUCCUUACCUGUGUUGCCAUUUCUAAUAUUAGGAGCAGAUUUUGAAACCCAUUCCUUAAUACAAUACUCUUGGGUCUUUGUCGAGUUAUAGGCCUGAAGUGCUCUUGUAUUGUUUUAUUUCUUCAGUGUAUCAUCCAUUAGAAAUCGACUUGUGGGUAUUGCAUUCUUGCAUUAAAAAAAACAGGAUACUGUA